UUUUUAAUUUUUUUGGAUCAGGGGAAUAGUUGGUUAUGGCAAAUCGGAGGGGCGAAUAUAUUGGUCGAUCCGAUCUUGGUUGGGAAUCUAGACUUUGGAAUUCCUUGGCUGUAUGAUGCUGCAAAGAGAUUUUUGAAAAAUUUCAAGCUUGAUGAUCUUCCUGAAAUCGACUGCUUACUGAUUACGCAAAGCCUUGAUGACCAUUGUCACCUGAAGACGUUGAAGCCACUUUCUCAAAAGUUGCCGAAUCUCAGGGUUAUUUCGACUCCUAAUGCUAAAUCGCUUUUGGAUCCUCUGUUCAACAAUGUUACAUAUCUAGAACCGGGUCAAAGCUCGGAUAUCCAAGUCAGUAACGGUACUUUAGUUAACAUCCGGGCUACUCCAGGCCCAGUUUUAGGUCCACCGUGGCAGCGUCCGGAGAACGGUUAUAUUGUCACCUCUCCUAACCGCCAGCUGUCACUAUACUACGAACCCCACUGUGUGUACGAUGAGAUUUAUUGG